GAUGGAGGCAGCAGGCACCGAGCGCCCCGCAGGCUGGCCCGGGGCGCCUCUCGCCCGGACGGGGCUGCUACUCUUGUCGACGUGGGUCCUGGCCGGCGCCGAGAUCACUUGGGGCACGACGGGAGGUCCCGGGCGCCUGGUGUCUCCGGCUUCACGGCCACCAGCGAUGCCUCCUCUCUUGCCACGGGCAGCGAUGAACCGGUGGCCCGAGGAGCUGGCGACUGCACGGAGAGCCACCACGCUGAGGCGCAGGUCUCGGCUGGAGCUACUGCCCCAGGCGAGCGGCGGGGAGAUACCGGCUGAAGCUGAGGGAACCUCGCCUGAAGACGUGAGGUGGGUUCGGGGCAUCCCGGCUCCUAGCACGGCGGGCAGCUCGAGGAGGACUCGCCGGGCACAGCCCCCCAGUACACUGGAGCGCGGGGACGCUUGGGCUACUGCUCCCGCAGAUGGUGCCAAAGGAAGCCGCCCUCAAACCAAGGGUUCCCGGGAAGAGGUGAAGGCGACGCGGACUGGAGGACCGGCGGCUGAGGAGCUCAGGCUGCCCAGCACGUCUUUUGCGCUGACUGGGGACUCGGCCCACAAUCAAGCUAUGGUGCACUGGUCGGGACACAACAGCAGCGUGAUCCUGAUCCUGACCAAGCUGUAUGACUUCAACCUGGGGAGUGUGACUGAGAGUUCUCUGUGGAGGUCAACAGAUUAUGGCACCACCUAUGAAAAACUAAAUGACAAAGUGGGUUUGAAGACGGUCCUCAGUUACCUCUAUGUCAACCCCACCAACAAAAGGAAGAUCAUGCUUCUUAGUGAUCCUGAAAUGGAGAGCAGUAUAUUGAUCAGCUCAGACGAAGGGGCAACUUACCAGAAGUAUCGGCUCACAUUCUACAUCCAGAGCCUGCUCUUCCAUCCCAAGCAGGAGGAUUGGGUGCUGGCCUACAGCUUGGAUCAAAAGCUUUAUAGCUCCAUGGACUUUGGAAGACGGUGGCAACUCGUUCACGAGCGCAUCACACCCAACAGGUUUUAUUGGUCGGUGUCUGGAUUGGAUAAGGAGGCAGACCUGGUGCACAUGGAAGUGAGGACAGCAGAUGGAUAUGCCCACUACCUCACCUGCAGGAUCCAGGAAUGUGCUGAGACAACUCGGAGUGGCCCCUUUGCCCGCUCCAUUGACAUCAGCUCUCUGGUUGUCCAGGAUGAGUAUAUCUUCAUUCAGGUAACAAUAGGUGGAAGAGCCAGCUACUACGUGUCCUAUCGAAGAGAAGCCUUUGCCCAGAUAAAGCUGCCCAAGUACUCCUUGCCAAAGGACAUGCACAUCAUCAGUACAGAUGAGAACCAAGUGUUUGCAGCCGUCCAAGAAUGGAACCAGAAUGACACGUACAACCUCUACAUCUCAGAUACACGUGGGAUCUACUUUACUCUGGCUAUGGAGAACAUUAAGAGCAGCCGAGGUCUAAUGGGAAACAUCAUUAUUGAAUUAUAUGAGGUAGCAGGUAUCAAGGGGAUAUUCCUGGCAAACAAGAAGUUGGAUGACCAGGUGAAGACGUACAUCACUUACAACAAAGGCAGGGAUUGGCGACUACUACAAGCUCCAGAUGUGGACCUGAGAGGAAGCCCAGUGCACUGCUUACUGCCCUUCUGUUCCUUACACCUUCAUCUGCAGCUCUCUGAAAACCCAUAUUCCUCAGGGAGAAUCUCUAGCAAGGACACAGCCCCUGGACUUGUGGUGGCCACAGGCAACAUUGGCUCAGAACUCUCCUAUACAGAUAUUGGUGUGUUCAUCUCUUCUGAUGGGGGCAACACAUGGAGACAGAUCUUUGAUGAAGAGUACAAUGUCUGGUUCCUAGACUGGGGUGGUGCCCUCGUGGCCAUGAAACACACACCUCUGCCAGUCAGGCACUUGUGGGUGAGUUUUGAUGAGGGCCACUCCUGGAACAAAUAUGGUUUCACAUUGCUGCCUCUCUUCGUGGAUGGGGCCUUGGUGGAGGCAGGAGUAGAGACCCACAUCAUGACAGUUUUUGGCCACUUCAGCCUGCGCUCCGAAUGGCAGUUGGUGAAAGUGGACUACAAGUCUGUCUUCAGCCGGCGGUGCACCAAGGAGGACUUUGAGACAUGGCACCUGCUCAAUCAGGGAGAGCCUUGUGUCAUGGGGGAAAGGAAAAUAUUCAAGAAACGCAAGCCAGGCGCUCAGUGUGCCCUUGGUAGAGACUACUCUGGGUCGGUGGUAUCAGAACCCUGUGUCUGUGCUGACUGGGACUUUGAAUGUGACUAUGGCUAUGAGAGACAUGGGGAGAGCCAGUGUGUCCCAGCUUUCUGGUACAACCCAGCUUCCCCCUCAAAGGACUGCAGCCUUGGCCAAAGCUACCUUAAUAGCACUGGGUACCGGAGGAUUGUGUCCAACAACUGCACAGAUGGGUUAAGGGAGAAAUACUCUGCUAAGACUCAGCUGUGUCCUGGAAAAGCUCCUCGGGGCCUCCACGUGGUUACCACUGAUGGGCGCCUGGUGGCAGAGCAGGGUCAGAAUGCAACCUUCAUCAUUCUAAUGGAAGAGGGUGACCUCCAAAGGACAAACAUCCAGCUUGACUUUGGGGAUGGGAUUGCUGUGUCCUAUGCCAAUUUCAGCCCCAUUGAGGAUGGCAUCAAGCAUGUGUACAAGAGUGCGGGGAUCUUCCAGGUGACAGCCUAUGCAGAGAACAGCCUUGGCUCUGAUACAGCUGUCCUCUUCCUGCACGUGGUUUGUCCAGUGGAACACGUUCACCUUCGAGUUCCAUUUGUCACCAUAAGAAACAAGGAUGUGAACAUCAGUGCAGUUGUGUGGCCCAGUCAAAUGGGGACCCUUACCUACUUCUGGUGGUUUGGCAAUAGCACGAAGCCCCUCAUCACCUUGGACAGCAGCAUCUCUUUCACAUUCCUUGCAGAAGGAACCAACACCAUCACUGUGCAGGUAGCUGCUGGGAAUGCUCUCAUCCAAGACACGAAGGAGAUUGCAGUACAUGAAUACUUCCAGUCACAGCUCUUAUCAUUCUCUCCAAAUCUCGAUUACCACAAUCCUGAUAUUCCUGAGUGGAGGCAAGACAUUGGCAAUGUUAUAAAGCGAGCUCUGGUUAAGGUGACCAGUGUCCCAGAAGACCAGAUUCUUGUGGCUGUGUUCCCAGGUCUCCCCACUUCAGCAGAGCUUUUCAUCCUUCCACCUAAGAACUUGACAGAAAGGAGGAAAGGUAAUGAAGAGGAUCUAGAACAAAUUGUAGAGACACUAUUUAAUGCAUUAAACCAAAACUUGGUACAGUUUGAGCUGAAGCCAGGGGUCCAGGUCAUUGUAUAUGUCACACAGCUGACAUUAGCUCCACUGGUGGACUCCAGCGCUGGGCACAGCAGCUCUGCCAUGCUUAUGCUCUUGUCAGUGGUGUUUGUCGGCUUGGCUGUGUUUCUGAUCUACAAGUUUAAAAGGAAAAUCCCCUGGAUCAACAUCUAUGCCCAAGUCCAACAUGACAAGGAGCAGGAGAUGAUUGGGUCAGUGAGCCAAAGUGAAAACGCCCCGAAAAUCACACUCAGUGAUUUCACCGAGCCUGAGGAGCUGCUGGACAAAGAGCUAGACACACGGGUCAUAGGAGGCAUUGCUACCAUUGCAAACAGCGAGAGCACAAAGGAGAUCCCCAACUGUACUAGUGUUUAACCAAGAAGUCUUGUGGUCAACCACCUUCCUGACUUUUUAUUUUUGAUGACUAUUAUUACUAUUAUUAUGGAAAAAUGAAAAUGUCUUUUUUACCUUUUGUUUACCAAGGGUCCCUUCAUAAAUAACAGACAGAUGCUGAGCUUUGGGAGGAAACAAAAGCAUCCCUAGUUGGUCACAAUGGGAUGAGGGAAUACAUGGUUAUAUCUGUGUUAAGGAUGCAUCUUCCCAUAGGCUCUUUGCUUUACUCUCCUGUUGGCAGAGCAAAGACCUUCUUGUGUCCUUCUGUCUUUUUUUGAGUUGAGUUUCUGUUAAUUUCUAUCUCUCCUACCCCUGACACCCUCCACACCACAUACACACACACACACACACACAACACAUCCCAUCCCCUGGUUCAAUUGCAGGAUGUAGGUUGAGUGGGGAGUGGACGUAGCUGCCAAAGGCACGCACACCUUUCCGAAAGAGGCCCUGCCUCGUGCAUGUCAAUACUGAGGCUACAGAUGGCGUAUUGUAUAUAACUACAAUGUAAAUAGCUUUUUAUUUCCUAAGAAAUAAUUUAAUGUUUAGUAAAAAAGAAAACAGAAAAAAAAGAAAGAUGUGUGCGUUGGCUUAUGCACUCACCUUCAGAGCUGACCACCCCCGAGCCUGCUUGAUGUGUUGGAUUCUGGAUGCUCUCCAGCUGUCUGUCACACUCAACUCUUACGUCUCUGUCCACACCAUAGCUGGUUUCUGCUUAUGUAUAUAAAGGGGGCGGGGUGGGCUUCUUUGGGGCAAUUGACAAAGGAAAGACUUCAUUGGCAUCUGAGAACAUGGGGGUUGUUUUUCUUCCUAAGAUAACAUGGAAGAAGUCACAAGGCCUAGUAGAGUCUUCAAACUGAAAGCCAGUUGGGGAGAUAAGACUUUUUGUGAAAAAGAGAACAAAAAUGAUGCUAUUUAUCAGCUUGAGAGAGCAGUACUCUCUAAAGAGGCCAAAACGUAUCUAAGGGUCCUGGCGUUUCUGUUUUCUAAUUGGAUUCCAUGAAUAUGUGCAUUGCUCAUGGUGAGUUCCAAGCAGUUCAGAGCUCAAAACAGUCCUUGGGCACGAUGUUAGGUCCAGUGAGCAUCAACUGGCUGAGAAGAGUCAGAGGGGAGACUGGAGGUGCCGUUUGUGGAAUCCCAAGUCUGUGCAAACAAACCCUGCAGGCCAAUUAGAGGCCUAGCCUUUAAUGAUAUUAGUCAGAAAUGAUUUUAGCAAAGCUGUGCUAUUUGCUUGUCAGAUGUUACACAACUUCCUUAAAGUCGGAUGUCUGCCUCCAGUUCCCUUAAGGUAGUUCUCGCCUCUGGGGUGAAUGGCUUUCAAAGCCCUUAUUCACUUUCCUAGCACCUCAGCCCCUCCACAUGUUUAACAUGCCAAUUCUUUUCAGUAGGACCACUUCACACCAUGCUGUAAGCGUUGUUUUUGUUUCCAGGCUCUGUCUGAGCACACUCAUUUUAAAGAAUGAUAUACUGUAUAUAUAUAUAUAUAUAUGGAAGGAAAGGCCACAUUUUGUACCUAUUAACCUUCACAGGAUGCUGUUCAUGUUCCUCUUUGUGAGACACAGGGAGAAUGUGAUAGAGAAAUCUAGCUGGAUACAGCAUAGGUCAGAGUUAGAAAUGUUUCUAAAGAUCCUUUUCAUUUCAAGGGUUAAAUGGGGCAUACAAUUGCAAUAUGUGUACUAAACACUGGAAUACAGUGCAUGAGUCAUAUCUAUAUAUAUACAGUAUAUGUACAUAUACUGUUCUUGGUUUUAUUGUUCCAUUUGAAUAUUUCUACUGUAAAAAAAGACAGUGGUUUUGAAAUUGUUGAAAAUAAAUGUAUUUUUGUACAUCAAAGCUA